CUCCAUGCGUUCAGCCCCAACACUCUGGCCAUUUUUGGUGGAUUCUUCCAAGGAAAAACCAAUAUCACAGGCGUCUUCUUCCUGGCAAGCCAGUGCUUGUGGUCUGUCCCUGCUUCUAGGAUUAUUCCAGCUGGCUGACCCCCUGAAAAACCCACGCCAUGGUUUGAAGGACUGUAUUUCUAUUUCACAUUGGCCUCCUUGAGAGGUCAAUAAUACAGAGAUAUAUUUGCAAUUCACAAUGGAGCAAUAUAAGAUAUUGGAGAAGAUUGGCGAGGGUACUUACGGUGUGGUAUACAAAGCAAAGGACUCAUCUGCCUCCAACCAGGAAGAAGUUGCACUCAAAAAAAUUCGUCUGGAUAAUGAAUCAGAAGGUGUUCCUAGCACAGCAAUUCGGGAAAUUGCUCUCUUGAAAGAUUUAGACCAUCAGAAUAUUGUUCGGCUUAUGGACGUUUUGCACGUGGAGCACAAACUCUACUUAGUGUUUGAGUACUUACAUGUUGACAUGAAGAAGUACCUGGAUCUGAUUGCUCCAAGCAAGAUUGCCGCGUACGUAGUCAAGAGCUUCCUGUUUCAGCUGCUUUCUGGCCUGGCCUACUGUCACGCUCACCGUGUCUUGCACCGCGACCUCAAACCGCAGAACCUGUUGAUCAAUAAUGACGGCUUCAUCAAGCUGGCUGACUUUGGUUUGGCUCGUGCAUUUGGCGUCCCCGUCAGAACCUACACACAUGAGGUCGUCACACUCUGGUACCGAGCGCCGGAAAUUCUACUGGGCUGUCGCUACUAUUCCACACCAGUUGACUUGUGGAGUAUUGGCUGCAUCUUUGCUGAAUUGGUCCUGGGUAGAGCUCUGUUUCCAGGUGACUCAGAAAUAGAUCAGCUCUUCCGCGUCUUCCGCACACUGGGUACACCGACUGAUGAGGUCUGGCCAGGCGUGAGCGAGAUGCCCGAUUACAAGCCGUCAUUUCCUAAGUGGCAGCCUCGGGACUGGAAGCAAGCAAUUCCUGAAAUGACCGACUCCAGCUUGGACCUGUUUCAGCGUUUCCUGUGCUACGAACCAUGCCGGCGAAUAUCUGCCAAGCAAGCCCUUGCUCACAGCUACUUCCGGCAAGUGCAUCUACCUCCGUUCAGAGAAGGUUUGAACAUUAUCUAACGCCCCCAAGGAUACCAUUGACGGCGGUUUGUGCAGAGAGCUGCAGUGGUACGUUGUUGUUUGCUUCAGUGCACUAUUGCCCGUGUGUGACUUCCCUCGGGAGCCGACAGGCAUCAUUGUUUUUCUUCCACCGACCGACCGCUCACUGAUGGUGACAGCUGUUUGUGAAACAUGCCUGAGCUCAAGCAGCCAAGGUUCUCUCCGACAGCUACCGGCUCGGUUUCCUUCCUGACUUCUCUUUCUGCUUGAGCUCUUCACUGUGUGUGUUUAGUCUGGUGGAACUGAGAGGCUCGCUUUGGUCAUGCGCCCAAGCGACCAAGGCUUCGCAAUGGCGUCCUUUAUUUCUUCAAUGCCCGCAUUGUUGCUGGGCUGCUGUUGGUUUGGUGUUGUUUGACGAGCCGUCAUGCUCGAGUACACAGCUGCCCAGCAAUGAUGGACAUUAGCUUGGCGUUCUAUGUGUCCCGUUGACCUGUAUCACCUGCGUCAUGAUCCCAGUUGCUAUGAGUCGCUCCAGAGGCCUCUCUGUUCGUCUAUUUCCCAAUUCUAUCUAUGGUUGAGAACCUUACGCGUAUCUCUGGCAGUUCUAUCCUGCCCAUAUCCGUUGCCGCUGACUUCAUUCGUUCUUGAGCAAUUCUAUAUACGGAGGAAAUGGGCGCCGCGUGCUUGAGUAGUCGACCACACGCCAUGCAUCUUGCCUCCGGUGUCGUUCGGUACCGUUGAUGUUCAGAAUUCACCUUGCCGCCCUGGCGUACUUGCUAGAAAGAAGCAGUGGCCAGCGUGCAUACUCGUGUGCUGUCCGCUAUCACUUAUACCCUUCCAGCGUAGUCAUAUCCCUCACCCAACCCCAACCCCCCCCCCCCCCCCCCUUCAAGCCCACAGGCACGUGAGCAAUACGCCUAGUAGCCAAGACCCGUGCACAAGCACAUUGCAACACACUGACCUGUCCAGACGACGUUUACACUAGCACGCCGGCAGCAUGCUGUGCACAAGACAGAAGCAUACACGGGCGUAGCGUAUCACCAGUUUUCUUCUCUUCAUUUCUAGGAAUAUUUCUAUUUCGUUCAAUUUUAACAAGUAUCUCAAACUGCGUCUAUCGGUAUCCUCUAGAAAAGCUCCGCUUGUCAGUAUGUGCACUUUAGCAGUCAAGAGUUUUAUCCGGGCUAUUGGGACUAGGAAGCCUAUCCCUUUUGCUUUUCAAUCGUUCAGUUUGCAUCCAAGCAAUCUGGUUUUUAUUAUGAUGUUUCUCCUUUUACCCAACACCACCACCCCCCCCCCCCCCGUGCCCAAUUUUUAACAACUUAAUCCAGGCUGGUCCAUGUUACUCCUUUUCACGUUAAUCAUUUCAUUUGAAUCCGAACGAGGUUAUUGUGUACACGUGU